UACGAGAAUUAAAGUGAGCGAACAAAGAGAACUCCCAGCAGCCGCCUGCCAGCUCCUCGCAGCUGCAUCAGGAGACGUCAGUCACGCCCGGGAAGGCUGUUCGAAUACGCCUCCCAGAGAAAAGAGCUCAAGUGAAUAAUUGAUGGAGAUUGAUCCGCCCAGGACAAAGCUUGCAGAAAACCAGCGCAUCCGAUUUCGAGCGGUUUUGGAAUCCUCUGCCAAGUACAGGAUUUGGGAGCGAAGCAAGGACUUGGAGCGCAGCUACAGAUCUUCCAUCUCGGGUGUGGCUCCGGCCUUUUUGUCUUCUAGCCACCACCCCUGUCACCCGCUCCUUCCUCCACCCCGGCUCGUCCCCGCCUUCUUCUUUUCCCUAUGAAAGUAGCCUCUCUUUGGUUACUUCUACCCUAUACUCCCUUGCAGUCCCGCCCUCUCCCCUGCCCAGUCCGGUGAGGUCAGCUCAUGAAUAUCAGUGCACUUCCUGAGGAGCGUCUGGCACCGCUUGGUACCUCGCGUGUUCGCCGGCUUGGAGCCGCAGCUCAGCCGAGUCGCGGACCCCGGGAAGUAACCGGCUCUGGGGGCCGCCGAGCCUGCACGUUAACGCCAUUGUCUGGAGAAAUCGAGUGGGUGUGGAACUGGGGCGAGAGGGCCCAAAGUCGUGCUCAGCCAAAAAGUCGCACAUAAUACUACGAAGUUAAACUUUCCUUGUCUUUAAAAGACGUAAAAAUAAACCCUGAGGUCGCCGGAGGAUCAGAAGGAAAACGCUGUUGAUGCAACUUCGAAACAUCGCGUCUGCAGAGAAAUUCUUUCCAGACCGCUAUGAGUCAGCCACCGAUGGGGGGCGCUGCCCCCGCCACAGCCACAGCUUCUGCAGCCACUUCUGCCACUGAGGCUCGACUGCACCCAGAGGGCAGCAGCAGAAAACAGCAGCGUGCUCAAUCACCUGCCAGACUAAGGGACAAUUCGGUCCGACAGACAACCGCGACCACCCGGUCCCCCGUGGGGGCCGGCACUAAACUCAAUUCUGUUCGACAGCAGCAGCUGCAGCAGCAGCAGCAGGGCAACAAGACCGGGAGCCGCUCAGUGCCUCCGACCAGUGCCCGAGGAGGCGGAGGCGGGGCGGAGAAGGCUGCGCCCCUGGCGCCCAAAGGGGCCGCGCCGGGAGCUGUCCAUCUCGCGGCUGGUGCUGAAGCGGCCCCUGCGGCGACCCUGGCCCCCGUGGGCGGCAGGAGGCCUGGCCCGUCGGAGGAGCCAUCCCGGGAGCUAGAGCCGGUGUCCGCUAAACUCGGGGAACCCCCUCCGCUCGGGGAAGGAGGAGGAGGGGGUGGGGAAGGAGGAGGAGCCGGCGGUGGUUCCGGGGAAAGGGAGGGGGGCGCUCCGCAGCCGCCGCCGCCGCCCAGGGGCUGGCGAGGGAAAGGCGUACGCGCUCAGCAGAGGGGCAGCAGCGGCGGGGAGGGGGCCUCCCCUUCACCAUCCUCUGCGGGCAAAACCCCAGGCCCCGGCAGCAGAAACUCCGGAAGCGGUGUUGUGGGGAGCGGGAGCGGUGGCGGAGGGAGCUACUGGAAGGAAGGAUGUCUGCAGUCUGAGCUCAUCCAGUUCCACCUCAAGAAAGAGCGGGCGGCAGCGGCGGCGGCCGCGGCUCAGAUGCACACUAAGAACGGCGGCAGCAGCAGCCGCAGCUCCCCGGUCGCUGGCGCCCCUGCCAUCUGCGAGCCUCUCGCAAUCCCUUCAGUCUCCCCAAUGGCGGCGGCAGCGGAGGGCCCCCAGCAGAGCGCCGAGGGCAGCGCGAGUGGAGGGGGCAUGCAGGCGGCGGCGCCUCCUUCGUCGCAGCCGCACCCGCAGCAGCUCCAGGAGCAGGAAGAAAUGCAGGAGGAGAUGGAGAAACUGCGAGAGGAAAACGAGACUCUCAAGAACGAGAUUGAUGAGCUGAGGACCGAGAUGGACGAGAUGAGGGACACUUUCUUCGAGGAGGAUGCCUGUCAACUGCAGGAAAUGCGCCACGAGUUGGAGAGAGCCAACAAAAACUGCCGGAUCCUGCAGUACCGCCUCCGCAAAGCCGAGCGCAAAAGGCUCCGCUACGCGCAGACUGGGGAAAUCGACGGGGAGCUGUUGCGCAGCCUGGAGCAGGAUCUCAAGGUUGCAAAGGAUGUAUCUGUCAGACUUCACCACGAAUUGGAAAAUGUGGAAGAAAAGCGAACAACAACAGAAGACGAAAAUGAAAAACUGAGGCAACAGCUUAUAGAAGUUGAGAUCGCAAAGCAAGCUUUACAGAAUGAACUGGAAAAAAUGAAGGAGCUAUCCUUAAAAAGAAGAGGAAGCAAAGAUCUGCCAAAAUCUGAAAAAAAGACUCAACAGACUCCCACAGAGGAGGACAGUGAGGAUCUGAAAUGCCAGCUGCAAUUCGCGAAGGAAGAAGCUGCUCUGAUGAGGAAGAAGAUGGCCAAGAUCGACAAAGAGAAGGACCGAUUCGAACACGAGCUUCAGAAGUACAGAUCCUUUUAUGGGGAUCUGGACAGUCCUUUGCCCAAAGGAGAAGCCGGGGGGCCUCCCAGCACCAGGGAGGCUGAGCUCAAGCUGCGGCUGAGGCUGGUGGAGGAAGAAGCCAACAUCCUGGGCAGGAAGAUCGUGGAACUGGAGGUGGAGAACAGAGGCCUGAAGGCAGAACUCGACGACCUGAGAGGGGACGACUUCAACGGCUCGGCCAACCCGCUCAUGAGGGAGCAGAGCGAAUCCCUGUCGGAGCUGCGGCAGCACCUUCAGCUGGUGGAGGACGAGACGGAGCUGCUGCGGCGGAACGUGGCGGACCUGGAGGAGCAGAACAAGCGCAUCACGGCGGAGCUCAACAAGUACAAGUACAAGUCGGGCGGCCACGAGAGCGCGCGACACCACGACAGCGCCAAGACCGAGGCCCUGCAAGAGGAGCUGAAGGCGGCGCGCCUGCAGAUCAACGAGCUCAGCGGCAAGGUCAUGCAGCUGCAGUACGAGAACCGCGUGCUUAUGUCCAACAUGCAGCGCUACGACCUGGCCUCGCACCUGGGCAUCCGCGGCAGCCCGCGCGACAGCGACGCCGAGAGCGACGCGGGCAAGAAGGAGAGCGACGACGACUCGCGGCCGCCUCACCGCAAGCGCGAGGGGCCCAUCGGCGGCGAGAGCGACUCGGAGGAGGUGCGGAACAUCCGCUGCCUGACGCCCACCCGCUCCUUCUACCCCGCGCCCGGGCCCUGGCCCAAGAGCUUCUCCGACCGGCAGCAGAUGAAGGACAUUCGCUCGGAGGCCGAGCGCCUGGGCAAGACCAUCGACCGGCUCAUCGCCGACACUAGCACCAUCAUCACCGAGGCGCGCAUCUACGUGGCCAACGGGGACCUGUUCGGACUGAUGGAUGAGGAGGACGACGGCAGCCGCAUCCGCGAGCACGAGCUGCUCUACCGCAUCAACGCGCAGAUGAAAGCCUUCCGCAAGGAGCUGCAGACCUUCAUCGACCGCCUCGAGGUGCCCAAGUCUGCGGACGACCGCGGCGCCGAGGAGCCCAUAUCCGUGAGUCAGAUGUUCCAGCCUAUCAUUUUACUUAUUCUCAUUCUUGUAUUAUUUUCAUCACUUUCUUACACAACGAUAUUUAAACUUGUCUUUCUUUUUACGCUGUUUUUUGUACUGUAAAUCUUUCAUCAUUUACCAUUCAUUGUAGUAUUUUCAGUUUAUUUAUUUUGUCCACCCUUCAAGACAAGAAGUAAAAGAAGUAUAAUUUCUGUAGUAAUCAAUGCUAUAAAAACACUGAAGACUGCCUAUUUCUUUAAAAAGACCCACCUGACCA